CUCCGCGCCUCCAGCGGUGCCAGCUGCACCCGAGCCCGGAGACUUCGCAGUCACCGCGCAGGUGCCCGCGGCCGCCUUCGCCCUACAGAUUGGGCAUACCUGACUGCCAGGUGGGUCCCCAGGGGCACCUCAAGAAGCAGUGUGGGGCAGCGUGGGCUGGAGAGGCCCUGUCAGGCUGUCCAUAUAUGAUGCUGGUCAGAUUCUUCACAGGAAUGGCUGCCAUCGCAAUGGCGGGAGUAUGAGCCCCUUUGCUCGUACCCUGUCGGAAGCCAACAUGUCCCUGAAAAAUGAGCCAAGAGUCAAUACCUCCGCACUGCAGAAAAUCGCUGCUGACAUGAGUAAUUUGAUAGAAAAUCUGGACACGCGGGAGCUGCACUUUGAGGGAGAAGAGGUGGAUUACGAUGUUUCCCCCAGCGAUCCCAAGAUACAGGAAGCGUGUAUUCCGUUCUCUGCUAUUUAUAAGACUCAAGGAUUUAAGGAGCCAAACAUACAGACGUAUCUUUCCGGCUGUCCAAUAAAAGCCCAAGUCCUGGAAGUGGAACGCUUUACAUCUACAACAAGGGUGCCAAGUAUCAAUCUUUACACUAUUGAAUUAACACAUGGGGAAUUUAAGUGGCAAGUUAAGAGGAAAUUCAAACACUUUCAAGAAUUUCACAGAGAGCUGCUCAAGUACAAAGCCUUUAUCCGAAUCCCCAUUCCCACCAGAAGGCACACGUUUAGAAGACAGAACGUCAAAGAAGAGCCUCGAGAGAUGCCAAGUUUGCCCCGUUCCUCUGAAAACAUGAUCAGAGAAGAACAGUUCUUUGGCAGAAGGAAACAACUAGAAGAUUAUUUGACAAAGCUACUAAAAAUGCCCAUGUAUAGAAACUACCAUGCAACAACAGAAUUCCUUGACAUAAGCCAGCUGUCUUUCAUCCAUGAUUUGGGACCAAAGGGCAUAGAAGGUAUGAUAAUGAAAAGAUCCGGGGGACACAGAAUACCAGGCUUGAAUUGCUGUGGUCAAGGAAGAGCCUGCUACCGCUGGUCCAAAAGGUGGCUGAUAGUGAAAGAUUCAUUUUUGCUAUACAUGAAACCAGACAGUGGUGCCAUUGCCUUUGUCCUGCUGGUCGAUAAAGAAUUCAAGAUUAAGGUGGGGAAGAAGGAGACAGAGACCAAAUAUGGGCUCCGAAUUGAUAAUCUUUCAAGGACACUUAUUUUAAAAUGCAACAGCUAUAGACAUGCUCGGUGGUGGGGAGGGGCUAUAGAAGAAUUCAUCCAGAAACAUGGCACCAACUUUCUCAAAGAUCAUCGAUUUGGGUCAUACGCUGCUAUCCAAGAGAACACUUUAGCUAAAUGGUACGUUAAUGCCAAAGGGUAUUUUGAAGAUGUGGCAAAUGCUAUGGAAGAGGCAGAAGAAGAGAUUUUUAUCACGGAUUGGUGGUUGAGUCCAGAAAUCUUCCUGAAACGCCCGGUGGUUGAAGGAAAUCGUUGGAGGUUGGACUGCAUUCUCAAACGAAAAGCACAACAGGGAGUGAGAAUUUUUGUGAUGCUUUACAAAGAGGUGGAGCUUGCUCUUGGGAUCAACAGUGAAUACAGCAAGAGAACUUUGAUGCGUCUACACCCCAACAUAAAGGUGAUGAGACACCCAGAUCAUGUGUCAUCCAGUGUAUAUCUGUGGGCUCAUCAUGAGAAACUUGUUAUCAUUGACCAGUCAGUGGCCUUUGUGGGUGGGAUCGACCUGGCCUAUGGCAGAUGGGAUGACAACGAACACAGACUCACGGACGUGGGCAGUGUGAAGCGUGUCACUGUAGGACCAUCUCUGGGUUCCCUUACAGCUGAAACAACAGAGUCCAUGGAAUCCUUGAGCCUCAAAGAUAAAAAUAAAUCUAGUAAAAAUCCGCCCACCCUGAAGAGUGUUGAUGAUAUGGAUUCAAAACUGAAAGGAAUAGGAAAGUCCAGAAAGUUCUCUAAAUUUAGCCUCUACAGGCAGCUGUACAAGCACCACCUGCACAACGCGGACAGCAUCAGCAGCGUUGACAGCGCCUCCAGUUAUUGUAAUCACUGUAGAAGUCGUCAGAAUUUAAUCCAUGGUUUAAAACCCCACCUGAAACUCUUUCGCUCUUCCAGUAAGUCUGAGCAGGGGCUCGCUAGACCUGACGUGGACACCAGCUCCAUCCGCAGUUUGCAGACAGGCAUGGGAGAGCUGCACGGGGAAACCAGGUUCUGGCAUGGAAAGGACUACUGCAAUUUUGUCUUCAAAGACUGGGUUCAGCUGGAUAAACCUUUUGCUGAUUUCAUUGACAGAUACUCCACGCCCCGGAUGCCUUGGCAUGACAUUGGCUCUGCAGUCCAUGGAAAGGCGGCUCGGGACGUGGCCCGUCACUUCAUCCAGCGCUGGAACUUCACGAAGAUUAUGAAGUCAAAAUAUCGAUCCCUUUCUUAUCCUUUCCUGCUUCCCAAAUCUCAAACAACAGCCCAUGAGUUGAAAUACCAAGUGCCUGGGUCCGUCCAUGCCAAUGUACAGUUGCUGCGCUCUGCUGCUGACUGGUCGGCCGGAAUAAAGUACCACGAAGAGUCCAUCCACGCUGCCUACGUCCACGUGAUAGAGAACAGCAAGCACUAUAUCUAUAUAGAGAACCAGUUUUUCAUAAGUUGUGCUGAUGACAAAGUUGUGUUCAACAAGAUUGGUGAUGCCAUUGCACAGAGGAUACUGAAAGCUCACAGGGAAAGCCAGAGAUACCGGGUGUAUGUGGUGAUACCACUGCUGCCAGGAUUUGAAGGCGACAUCUCCACGGGAGGAGGAAAUGCUCUGCAGGCAAUCAUGCACUUCAACUACAGGACCAUGUGCAGAGGAGAAAAUUCCAUCCUUGGCCAGCUAAAAGAAAAGCUUGGCAAUCAGUGGAUAAAUUACAUAUCAUUCUGUGGCCUUAGAACACAUGCCGAACUUGAAGGCAACCUCGUCACUGAGCUCAUCUAUGUCCAUAGCAAGUUGCUAAUUGCUGAUGAUAACACUGUUAUUAUUGGCUCUGCCAACAUAAAUGAUCGAAGCAUGCUGGGGAAGCGUGACAGUGAAAUGGCUGUCAUCGUGCAGGACACAGAGACAGUCCCUUCGGUGAUGGAUGGAGAAGAGUACCAGGCUGGCCGCUUCGCCCAGGGACUUCGGCUGCAGUGCUUCAGGGUUGUCCUUGGCUAUCUUUCUGAAUCAAGUGAAAACAUUCAGGAUCCAGUGAGUGACAAAUUCUUCAAGGAGGUGUGGGUUGCAACAGCAGCUCGAAAUGCUACAAUUUAUGAUAAGGUGUUCCGGUGCCUUCCCAAUGAUGAAGUACACAAUUUAAUUCAAUUGAGAGACUUUAUAACCAAGCCCGUCUUAGCAAGGGAAGAUCCCAUUAGAGCUGAGGAAGAACUGAAAAAGAUCCGUGGGUUCUUAGUGCAAUUCCCUUUUUAUUUCCUGUCUGAAGAAAGCCUCCUGCCUUCUGUUGGAACCAAAGAAGCCAUAGUGCCCACAGAGGUUUGGACUUAAGGGAGAUACUCAUUUGCAGCUCAAGGACUUCCACCUUGAAAAGUACACUGCACACUGUGACUUUAGGGAGAUCCUCACAGCCGCAGCCAGCCCUGGUAUACCCUGGGAUCUGCCGCAGGGACCCUCUGGAUUGGCUGGGCAGGGCUGAGGUCCUACUGAUCGAAGAACGCUGAACAUCAGGUGGGCUUUCUAACUCCUCCUGCUUAUCCCUCUGAAAAAGGGACUGUAUUCUUAUUGGUAGCAUAUACUCAACAACAAAUUCCAUGGUGUACACCAGAGUGCUCUUCCUUUUCUAACAAGAAUUUACCUGUGCCUGUGAUCUAGGUUGCCAAAAACUGUUGAAACCUCCUUGUUCUUCUCUGACCCCCAUUAUGCAGCAAUGACUGCUGGACCUGCCCUCAUUUCCUAGUACAUACACACACAGUUUGAGACAUUGUUUAUUCCUAGAAGAUGUUGUGAUGCUGCUUUCAGGUUCUUCAAGGUGACAGGGGAAUGCCCUUGCCCAUCUGGUCCUGAAGUAGGAGUGUUCAGCCAGGCAAGGAUGGGGUCCUUAUCCCUUUUCAGUGACUGAAAGGACACGGUAGACAUUAUGUACACAGCAGCCCACAUUAGGUUCUUCUGGUAACAUUGACACUAUAGAUCUUAACACCACAGAACAAUAGGAAGGAAUUAAAUUUGGUUAUUGAGGCAGAGAUUUUACUUGGCCUUCAAAGGCAAUGACUAGAUACAGUCUUUUGAUAGGGCCCACCUGAUCAAAUCUGAAAACAGGUGUAGGAUAUUUCAUUGCACAGCAGCUGAUAAAACUCAGAGGCAGAGCACACAGCCUUCAGAAGCCUCCAAGGUAGCCAUGGGGAUCUGAUCCAGACAAGAAAAGAAGAUUCCUUAUAGUCCUGGAAAAUUUCCUAUCAUCUUGAGCUGCUGGAUUGAUUGAAAUUAGAGUUUUUCCAUUUGAAAAUUGAAAUUUGUCUUUUAAGAGAACCAGAUGCUUCAUAACUCAUACCAAAUUAGUAAGUAGAAGCCUAACCUUGACAUUCAGCUCUCCCAGCUGUGUUACCUUCUUAAAGAAAAAUUGAUUGCAAAAUGCUUGCUACUUAACCUGUGUUAUAGUAUUAUUAAAUACGCAUUGACAUUCCACCCCGCUUCCAAAGAGGUUAGGAUAUUCGUUAAUUCACAUUGUCCUAGUCUAUGAAUUUUUCUAGAAAUCCAUUUUUCCUCUUUGAAUGGUAAUAUACCCUUUGGUACACCCUAGCUUUUAUGUUACUAAGCAGAACUAUUCUUACAGCCUGAAGAGCUAAUGUGGGUUCCCAAAAGGCCUGUGCCCAUAAAACAUGAUGUAGGUGCAUUGAUCACACAUGAAUGGAUUACCAGGACAGAUCUCACUGGAGUCAUUCUUCAAAAAAAAAGUGAGGAUCCAAUCCCUGUUUUCAUGGAGCUAGGAAAAUGUUAAGCAGGAGUACAAAGUCAGUAAUCUGGGUGAGUAGGAGAGAGUGUCACACUCAGGAGAGGAUUUCACAACUAGAGAACAUUUCACAAAUGAGGUGGGGCUAUGCUUUAUGAAUAAAUAAUUUCUCAGAUGGCUGGCGGUGGUAUAAAAUGACUUCAUUCUACAGCAGCUGUAAAUAAGGCAUUUGCUAUUUAUGAAGUUUAAAUUGACAUUUAAAAUGUUGAGUGGAUGUGGACUACCUAAGGAUUCCUUAUAGUUUACUUUUCCAUAUUUUUUAAACUGUACGACAGUCAACACUGGUUUUUGAUUUUGUGCAAAAUGCUCUCAACACUAUGAAAAAUAAAAGCCUAAAAGUUCCCCUUCUCUUAAAAAAAAAAAAAUCACUUAACCCAGCCUCUCCCCAUUUUAUAGAUGAGGAAACUGAGGCCCAGAUUGGUUGAAGGACUCCCUUGAGUUCACCCAACUAUGAGAUAGUAGAGGGAGGACUGGUGAAAUUGUGCUGGUCCAUCUGUGGCCUCCCCCUUGAUGUCAUCAGUAUCCACAAGUGAGGAGAGGCAGCAAACAAAUUUAAGGCAGGAUGUCUCUCAGCUGCUUCAAACACCGUGGUGUCAUGUACUUAAGUGUUCUGUCUCCCCCUGUCCUGCAGGGACUUUGCCAUGUUUUGUUCAUAGUGUGUCCUCACAUCCUGGAACGGUAGGUACCUGGCACAGUAACUGUUCGGUGGGUGAAUAAACGAGGUGGAGGACAGUUAAUGAAAUGACAAACUUACAUCAUCUCAGGCAAGAAAUCUUACUGUUGGUUUCUGGGGCAAGUUUCCUUUCUACUGCAUCUUCUCAAAGGCAAGACAUUCUUCUGUAAAGAUGAGAGGCUACCACUUUACUUGGGUGGAUUUUCUGGAAGAUUCCGUGUAAUGAUUGCCUAUUUGCAAUAACAGCUUAGGUAGGGCAGCAUUCUGCAAAAGUUACAUGGGGUGUGGGCACAAGGUGUACUGCAUGGCCUAAUUAUGGCAUUUUAACACCAUUACUAUCUAAUAGUAGAAGUUCAAAUAACUUAUCUUUAACAUUGCAAUAUCUGAUAUCAACUUCAAAAUGCAAAUGAUUUAAAGCCCCCUGAAAAGCUAUUAUGAAUCUGUUCCACAUUUUAAAUUGACUUUGAUCUUCUAAAAUGCCCUUUAAUGCUGUACCCCAUACUCUGACAAUCUCUAAUACUUUGUUUUCAAGAAGGAAAAACUCUAUGAUUAUACAAAAUGACUGGCAGAAAGUAGACUAGCUACUCAGACUACUCAGACUGUCCAAGCCUACUCCUUGGAGGGUACUGGUCUGGUGCAGGCAUUUGCUUGGUAUCAAGUGUGCACUUGGUGACUCGCCCUUCCCUUGGGACGGUCUUCAUUCUCAACUCUAAGGCAUCACCCAGAGGCUUGGAGAGGCAGGCGGUCAUUAGAUAGUUGAGUGGCAUAUGGUAAAACAAAAUACUGGUUUUCUUUUAAUGCACCCUGUGGAAGAAAAUUUCAUCUGUAGGUAGUCAAAAACAUGAACGGUUCACAUCUUGUGUACUAACGUGGGAAAAUGUAAUACAUCGUGAAUGAAUAGUCUCCCAGAUGAAAACAACAGGCUGAGAAGCCUUUCUGCAGACGCCAGCCUAUAGGUGGACCAGAUCUGUAUGCUCAUCAAGAACCACCUCCUCCUGCAUCUCCUCACCCCUUGUUCCUUCAGCCUCUGUCCCCAAGUAGAGGACCUCUUUAUUACAUUAACCAUUUCAGAGAACAAGAAAAGAGUUUCUGAGGAAAAAAAAAAAAAAUGAGGUCUCUAAACAAAUUUCCGUUUAACUUACCCUUUUAAGUGACUGACAAAAUAUUAUUUUUUAACAGAGAUAAUCGUCUUAUUAACCUCCCUGAUCUGAUAAGGCACUUGAGCAUUUUCUGAUGUCUGUCACCCUCUGUAGCAGGGACAACGAGGAUCCUUCAUGUCUCCUCAUCCCUCUCUACAGUCUCUUGUAUAAAAUGAGCAAAUGCUAAAGGACUUUAAGUGUGCUUAGGAAUACAUUUGUAUUACCCUGGAAGAUCCUCUGAGGCCAAUUACUACUGACAGUUUGGAGGUUUAAAAUGGAUGGGCCUUGAGAAUCUUGAAUCUAGAA